CAGGCGCUCUUCCUUAGGCGGCCGCCAUGGCGGGACAAGAGGAUCCGGUGCAGCGGGAGAUUCACCAGGACUGGGCGAACCGGGAGUACAUUGAGGUCAUCACCAGCAGCAUCAAGAAAAUCGCGGACUUUCUCAACUCGUUCGAUAUGUCUUGUCGUUCAAGACUUGCGACGCUAAAUGAGAAAUUGACAGCCCUUGAACGGAGAAUAGAGUACAUUGAAGCCCGGGUGACAAAAGGUGAAACUCUCACCUAGAGCUGUGCCAUGAUGCUGCUGGGAAGUUGCUUUACAGAACACAGGCCCACGUGGGAAAGGCCCAGCAGCCUUCAGCGCCUUCUCUCCUUACAGAGCAACAGGGCUUAUUCUCAUUUUUCUGUUUUCAAAAGUGUGGCCUUUGGGCUCUGCCAUGUACAUCUGGGGUUAUGAUGUGGCAUGUGGGGAGAAGUCCAGGGGGACUCUUGGAGACAUUAGACACUUAACCUUUUCAGUGACAUUUUAUAGAACUACUUGUCAAUGUAUUUGAGGCACUCAGAGCCAAAAGCCUGGAACUCUUUGUAAGAGCCUCCCCACCUCUCUCUCUCUCUCAGACUUUCCUUCCAGCUCUCCAUGCCUCUGCACUGUCUCUAGAAACAGUCUUUGUCUCCUCCCCACCUCUGGUGGCGAGUGGGGACAGUCCUGGCUGAGGUACUCAUGCCCUGGCAAGGUCGCUGCCAGAGAGUGUUGUUGCUAACUUGCCAACUUCUUGUCUUUUUUGGGAGGUCAAGGCCAGGGCCCCACUUGGCUUGAAGGGACAUUUUCAGAGUUUUCUUUCUGUCACCUGGGGUGUCUUCACCUCUCAUAUUUCCCUAAUAAACUCCUCAACCUUCUCUGACUGCUGUGAUUGUGGUGGGGAGAGGAGCUAAAGAUGGGGCUCACCUAUGCCACAGAAAUGUGAUGUGUGGGAUUAUUCUAAUGUUAAACUUUCAGAUGUAGCUGUUGGAUUUGAAGCCUAAGUGGCUUACCAGCCCGAGCCCCCAUGUUUAAACUUCCAGCUGACUAAUUCAUCUUGGGAAUCAUUUGGUCAUUCAGCAAAUAUUUGCCAAGUGCUUACUGUGUAGGCACCUUAAACCCUAAUAAAAAAAAUACAGAAUUGAAUCAGU